AUGAAAAUAAGUAUGACAAAUUCUAAGCCACUGUUGGUACUAUUGUUUAUAUUAGCCUCCUGGAUCAUUUUUAUGGUUUUCCAAAACUCCACACAGUUUUGUACUGUACUCAUGUUGUCCAUCUCUCUCUAUCAUUAGCUUUUCAUCAUGAAAUACUCAUGCCCUGAGGUACCACUGAGACCAGUGGUCUCACCAGGAGAGACCGACCUGAGGAUAAAGGAAAUCUUGAAGAAAUUAAACCAGCUGAUCCCACCCAGACCUUUCCCCCACAUGAACACCACCACCAGUGCAGCACACAGUAGAGUCAUAGUGCUCAACCCCCGAGACACCUACUGCAGGGGGGAGCAGCUAGACCUCCUACUGGAGGCAAGGGACCACCUGGGACGCAGGAAGAAGUAUGGUGGGGAUUUCCUGAGGGCCAGAAUGUCUUCCCCAUCCCUGAGGGCAGGCGCUUCAGGAGAGGUGAUUGACUUCAACAACGGUACCUAUCUUGUCCGCUUCACUCUGUUCUGGGAGGGUCAGGUGUCUCUAUCUCUGCUGCUCAUCCACCCCAGUGAAGGAGUGUCAGCUCUCUGGCGGGCAAGGAAUCAAGGCUACAACAAAGUGAUUUUCACAGGCCAGUUUUCCGGUGGCACUGUCCAUGUCAAUACUGAUUGUGCCCUGGUUUUAAACUCAAGUGCUGAACUAUGUCAGUACCUAGAUGCUCAAGACCAAGAAGCCUUCUACUGUGUGAGACCUCAACACAUGCCCUGUGCUGCACUCACCCACAUGCACUCCAAGAACAAGGAAGUUUCUUAUCUUAGCAAACAAGAAAGGAGACUCUUUGAAAGGUCAAAUGUGGGUGUAGAGAUUAUGGAAGGCUUCAACUCCAUUCAUGUCUGCAAAUGUAACAAAAAAGUAGUUCCAAAGAAAGAGAAAUGCAAGCUUGGAAUGACAUCAGUGGUCCCCAGUGGACAUGUCUGGAAAGACACAUGGAAUCCUGUCUCUUGUAGCUUGACUCCCAUCGAAAUAAAAGAAUGCCUGAGAGGAAAAUUCAUAUAUCUCAUGGGAGAUUCCACAAUUCGCCAGUGGAUGGAAUACUUCAAAGAGAAUAUCAACACACUGAAGUCGGUGGAUCUUCAUGAAUCUGGAAAACUUCAACAUCAACUUGCUGUGGACUUCGAUAGGAAUAUUAACAUCCAGUGGCAAAAACAUGGCUACCCCUUGAUUGGAUCACUGACCUACUCAGUCAAAGAGAUUGAGUACAUUGCCCGAGUCAUUGACAGAAUUGGAGGAGGAAAAAAUACUAUUGUUGUCAUUUCUUUGGGUCAGCAUUUCAGACCCUUCCCCAUUGACGUUUUUAUCCGAAGGGUCCUCAAUGUCUAUAAAGCUGUUCAGCAUCUUCUUCUGAGAAGCCCAGACACUAUGGUUAUCAUCAAGGCAGAAAACAUCAGAGAGAUGCACAAUGAUGCAGAGAGAUUCAGUGACUUUCACGGCUACAUUCAAUAUCUUGCCAUGAAGGAUAUUUUCCAGGAUCUUAAUAUAGGUAUCAUUGAUGCCUGGGACAUAACCAUUGCAUAUGGCACAAAUAAUGUUCACCCACCUCAAACUGUGGUCAGAAAUCAGAUUAAUAUAUUGUUAAACUAUAUUUGCUAG